GACCACGCGGCCCAGCUUUGUGCUGCAGCUGCGCAGGGUGAAGUCAGCGAGGUGCGGCGCCUCCUGGAGCUACCGCAGGAUCCCAACGUGGGGCCUUCGGAUGGUCGAUUCCCGCUGCUUCACGCGGCUUCGCAGGGCCAUCUGGAGGUCCUUCGCUGCCUCGUCGAGGCCAGUGCCAACCUGGACCAGGCAGAUGCCGUCGGAAACACUCCCUUGGUAAGUGCCGCCGCAGAGGGCCACCUGGAAGUGGUGAAGCUCCUUGUGGAAGGUGGGGCAAGCAAAGAGAUGAUGAAUGCUGCACAUGCUAGCCCACUCCGGAUUGCAGCUGGGGCCGGCAACGUGGAGGUCGUGCGUUGCUUGGUGGAGACGAGGGCAGACGUGAACCGAUGCGAUGUGGAAGGUGUAACUCCCGUGAUGGCGGCCGCGAUGCGAAACAACACCGAUAUCAUGGGCUGUCUGCUUGCUGCCCGGGCCGACGUGAAUCGAAGUGAUGCAGAGGGUGUGACUCCUUUGCUGGCUGCUGUGGUACGUGACAACCUCGAGGCAGUACACUUUCUGGUGCAGGCGGGUGCAGACAAAGAGACGAUGGACUCUACCCGGCUCACGCCUCUGCUAAUAGCUGUUGCGAAAAGAGAUGCGUCGAUGGUUCAGUGCUUGAUCAAUGCAGCGGCAGAUGUCGACAGGCCUGAUGGCCAUGGUAUCACUCCUCUGUGGGUUGCAGCAGCCCGUGGCGAAGUUGAGAUUGUCGAGUGUCUUAUCCGUGGUGGUGCGGACAAGGACAAGAAAGACGCACCGGAAGGAGUGACUCCCUUAUGGGCAGCCUCUGCACGUGGUAACAUCGAGGUGGUCAGGUGCCUGGUGGAAGCAGGAGCGGCCAAGGAGGAGGCAGAUUGUCAUGGCGGCACGCCUCUCUGCGCUGCUGCAGCCGAAGGCCAUGUCCCUGUCAUCCAGUAUUUAAUUGCUGCUGGCGCAACCGUUAAUGAUCAAAGAAAUGGAAGCCGCUUCACUCCUUUACUGAAUGCCUGCGCGCGUGGAAGCACCGACGCCGUCCGCUGCCUUCUUCGAGCGAAGGCAGACAAAGAGUUGGCGGAUGCCGCUGGAGUGACCCCUCUCUGGGCAGCAGCUGCUCGCGGCCACGCGCCUAUUGUUCAGUGCCUCAUCGUCGCUGGGGUUCGUCUUGAGAUGGCGCCAUGCCUCGAAGCAGCCACGCGAGGACACUCCGAAGUCGUACAGCUCUUCAGAGAUGCUGGACUGCAGUGCGCGACCUCGGUGUCGUCUGGUCAAGACGCGGAGGGCGAAGAACACAGAAGCCAGAGCCAAGACGGCCCAGAGCAGCCUUGCAAGCGCCGCAGACAAGCGUAA